AUGGAAGGACAUCAAUUCCAUCACAAAAACCAAAGACAACAACAACAACAUCAACAAAAUCUUCAUCUUCUUCAUCAGAAUAUCAAUAACACUGUUAACGUUUUUGAUGUUUCUGAUAGAUUUCCUCAAUGGAGCAUCCAAGAAACCAAAGAGUUUCUUAUCAUAAGAGCGGAGCUAGAUCAAACUUUCAUGGAGACUAAAAGGAACAAACAGUUGUGGGAAGUUAUUUCUAACCAUAUGAAGGAAAAAGGUUACCAUAGAAGUGCAGAACAGUGCAAGUGCAAGUGGAAAAACCUAGUUACUCGCUACAAGGGAUGCGAGACAAUGGAGACAGAAAUGCUGAAACAUCAAUUUCCAUUUUACAAUGAACUUCAAGCAAUUUUCACAGCAAGAAUGCAGAGAAUGCUAUGGGCUGAAGCCGAAGACGGAUCAAAGAAAAACAAGGCAACGAAUCUUUCAACCGACGACGAGGAAGACGAUGGUAAAGAAGAAAGUGAAGAAAUAUCUCAAAAGGGUAGAACUAGAAGCAAAAAGAAGAAAAAAGCUAAGAUAGUUAGCGAAAGCGGUAACGGCAGCAACAGCGGUUUCCACCAGAAUUUGAAGGAGAUUUUGGAUGAGUUCAUGAGGCAACAACUUCAAGUUGAAGCACAAUGGAUGGAAGCAUUUGAAGCAAGAGAGAAUGAAAGGAGGUUGAGGGAGAUGGAAUGGAGACAACAAAUGGAAAUGUUGGAGAAUGAGAGAUUGUUGAUGGAACAAAGAUGGAGAGAAAGGGAUGAACAAAGGAGGAUUAGAGAAGAAGCUAGGGCUGAGAAGAGGGAUGCAUUAAUCAUAGCUUUGUUAAAUAAGUUAGAAAGAGAAUAG